AUGGACAAACUGAGCAAAUAUGCCCAUUUCCUCAGCUUGAAACAUCCUUAUACAACUUUAGAUGUGGCCCAACUUUUUAUGGAUAAUGUGUUUGGGUUGCAUGGGUUACCUCAGUCAAUCGUCUCUGAUAGGGAUGCUAUCUUUCUCUAUAGACCAAAAAAGUGGUGCAAAUGGUUGCCCUUGGCGGGAUGGUGGUAUAACACCUCUUAUCACUCAGCUGCAAAAUCAACUCCUUAUGAGAUCCUCUAUGGACAGACACCUCCUUCCUUGGUUCCAUAUAUGCCAUUUGAUUCUCAACUUGACUCGGUGGACAGAAGUUUGCAUGCUAGGGAAUCCACUCUCAGAACUUUAAAGUCUCUUUUGGCUCAAGCUCAACAAAGGAUGAAAGUUAAAGCUGACAAGGGUAGGUUCGAGAGAACACUAGCGAUGGGUGACUGGUGCACUAAAAUUCACCCCACAUUCCAUGUUUCUCAAUUAAAUAAGAGAGUUAAUUCAGCUUACGUGUCGCGCAUUAUCCUUGCUCAAGUUACUGAUCAUGGUGUUGUACUACUAGUUCCUGAAGCAGUACGAGAAAGAAGGUUGGUUCCUCGCAAUGGCAGACUUGUAGCCCAAGUACUUGUGAAAUGGUUGAAUGCAGCUGAGGAGGAUAUACUCUGA